AUGUCUGCUGCUAUCAAAGAGACGUUUGCACGCUGCAAGAAAGAAGGCAGAAAUGCCCUCGUAAAUUUCAUUACUGCCGGUUUUCCAACCAUUCCCGACACCGUUCCUAUCAUGUUGGCCAUGCAAAAGGGUGGAGUGGACAUCAUCGAGUUGGGAAUUCCAUUUUCGGACCCAAUUGCCGACGGACCCACGAUUCAAAUCGCUAACACUAAAGCUUUGGAGAAUGGAAUCACCGUCCCCAAGUGUCUCGAACUUGUCAAAGAAGCAAGAGCAGCUGGUGUAACGGUCCCCAUCAUUCUUAUGGGCUACUACAACCCCAUUCUCAAAUAUGGCGAGCAAAAAAUGAUCAAGGACUCGGCCGCAGCUGGUGCCAAUGGUUACAUUGUCGUAGACCUUCCUCCAGAAGAUGCUGUUCAAUUCCGUGCUUCUUGUGCUACUCAUGGCUUAUCUUAUGUGCCGCUUGUAGCACCUGCCACCACCGACAAGCGCUUGAAAGUAUUGGGAAGCAUCGCCGAUUCGUUUAUCUAUGUCGUUUCCCGUAUGGGAACAACCGGCGCAUUGAAAAGCGUAGCCAAAGGCAUCGAUGAACUUUGUCAGCGAGUACGGAAAUUCGCUGGUGAUACCCCAUUGGCGGUUGGUUUUGGAGUUUCCACCAGAGACCAUUUUUUGACCGUGGGAGAGGCCGCAGAUGGUGUGGUUAUUGGCUCUAAAAUUAUCACCCUUAUUUCUGAAGCAGCUCCUGAAGAUAGAGCGGAUACAGCGUACCGCUUUGUUCGUCUGAUUUUGGGCGACGACUACGAGUCCAAGACCCAUGAGUUUAUUGCUGCGACCCCUCUGGAAACCAAACAGGCCCAAUUGCCAGAAGAGGAACACAAGUACAACCCUAGAUUUGGAGACUUUGGAGGUCAAUACGUACCCGAAGCUUUGCACGCUUGCUUAGCCGAACUCGAGCGUGGUUUCGAAGAUGCGGUAGCAGACCCUAAAUUUUGGGAGGAAUUCAGGUCGUUGUACUCCUACAUUGGCCGCCCUUCGUCGCUCCACCGUGCUGAUAGAUUGACCGAAUAUGCUGGCGGUGCUCAGAUCUGGCUCAAGCGUGAGGAUCUCAACCACACCGGUUCCCACAAGAUCAAUAAUGCUUUGGCCCAGGUUCUUAUUGCCAAAAGACUAGGCAAGAAAAAAAUCAUCGCAGAGACCGGUGCCGGACAGCAUGGUGUUGCUACUGCUACCGCCUGUGCUAAAUUUGGUUUGGAGUGUCAGGUGUUCAUGGGAGCUGAAGAUGUCAGGAGACAAGCGCUUAAUGUCUUUAGGAUGAGAAUCUUGGGAGCAAAGGUCAAUGCUGUUAGAAAUGGUACUCAGACUCUUCGUGAUGCCACUUCGGAAGCAUUCAGAUACUGGGUGUCCAACUUGGAGACCACGA